AUGUCCAAUACUACUGAGAGAGCUGUUUGUUGUCAUACUUUUAUUUUGUCAGCCAUCGGAACCAUUAAAUUAUGGGACAAUUUCAAAGACGAUCUUUGUGAAGAUAUCAGACACAGAAUCAGACAACAAAAUCAAGACUUGGCCUUACCAUAUAGUGAGGACAUUUAUAACGAAGGUUUGAUACAAAUGGAAAAUAAACUAUUGCAAUUAAAUGAUAAAAACCCAAAUCAUUUUGGAUUACCUUUCUCAGUUGGUACAGAAAACAAUGCAACAUAUACAAUGGCAGAUCACUAUAAUACAAAUGAUUUGACCUCUUUUGUCAAUGAAAACCUGACAAAAUUAGUCCCAGAUCAAAAACAUGCUUUUGAGACUAUAGUCGAUAGCGUGAAUAAUAACAAAGGAAAAAUGUUCUUUAUGGAUGCCCCAAGUGGCACUGGAAAGACGUUCCUUUCAAAUUUGAUACUUGUGAAGAUAAGACAAUCAGGGAAGAUAGCAAUAGCAGUUGCUUCGUCAGGAAUUGCUGCAACACUUCUAAAUUAUGGAAAAACUGCUCAUUCUACUUUUAAACUUCCGUUAUCUGUAAAUCUUGAGCAACAAUCUACAUGUUCUAUCCACAAAAAUGGACCACUUGGUAAAUUACUACAAGAUGCCUUAUUGAUUAUGUGGGAUGAAUGCACCAUGAGCCAUAGGACAGAACCUUAA